UCCUUGCAUGCAUGUUGUGUUUGCUGUCUUUUUCGACUAUUCGAAGAGUCUGGAAUAGCCAAUGGCUUUGCAAGCAAGUCACAGUUAUGCAAAACAGCAGUUGGCUCAAGAGAAUCAACUUCUUUCAAAUACAAGAGCUAAGGAUUUCCGGGUUGGAAGCCAUUUGUCUACGUUUUCUGACGGCGUCGCUUUUACUGCAACGUGCACCAAAGAAGGUCAUCCUGACCCUGACAAGGUUUAUACUGUGAAAUUGAUGCUCACAGGCGCUUCACAGUUUGGAGAUCUCUACAAUGAAUGGUCUGUCCUUUUCUCACUUCCCGUUCAUCCUAAUAUCGUUCAGUGGAGGACAGAAUUUAAAGAUCUGAUUGUGGACGAUUUCUUUGAUCAUCUUCCUCCUCAACUGCAACGUCUUUCCGUUGAUGCAAGCGGAAACCGUCAUGAAGCGCAGUAUGUUGUUUGGGACAACUAUUCUGUCAAUAUGGCAAAAAGACGAAAAGGAUAUCCUAUCCCUUUUCCAUUUGGGGAAGCCGAGAGGAUUGGGAGAGAACUACUCGAGUUACUCAUAUUUCUGGGGACACAUUGUGUAGUCUAUUUGAACUUGAAGUUGGACAACUUAAUGGUAGGUGAUAAUGGUCAACUUCUACUGUCUGACUUCACUAAGUCAAAGAAGCUAAGCCACAAUUUUGGUUACGAUUAUAAGUUGGGCGCUGAUUCUCCUGGAGGGGACAAGGCACUUCUUGCUCCUGAGAUUCUGCAUAACUUUAACAUAGUAGAGAAUGUCGAUUACAGUAAACAAGCUACCUGGGAAUUUGGUGUAUUUAUGUUUACUCUCAUUCUUGGUUUUCAUCCUCUUCCGGACUACCCUGCAAAGUAUAUUUCAAAGACCAUGUAUUCUCUGGAUGAUUUGCCAAAGCUUCCUGCAUCAUAUCCCAAAGAGAUGAGAGAGGUUUUGCCUCAAAUGUUAGAGCCUGACCCUCAAAGAAGAAUGACACUAGAGAAUGCAAAGCAUGCACUCUUCACUGCAAUAAAACAGGCCAAAGCAAAGGAUUUCAAAAUUGUAGAAAACAAACAUUUGAAGAAUGGUGUGUUGUCAGUUCUUGCAACUUGCACUCUGGAGGAUUUUCCGUAUCCAAGCAAGAACUAUCUUAUCAAGAUGCUUUGUGUUUUUGAUGAUGAUGCAGCUUCAAAGCAUUCAUUCCCAGACGAGGGCAUCACACUUUACAAUCUUCCUCAUCAUUCAAAUAUCCAGAAGUGUUGGCGUUAUUUCACAGAUCAAAUACCUGACUCAUUUUGGGAUUUAUAUUCAAGAGAAAUCCAGAAGUCAACAUCCAUUAAAAAGGAACAGUCUGAAAAAAGAAAGUCUAAAAUACUUAAGACACAGUUUCUAGUACUGGAAUGGUUGCCAGAUACAAUGGUUACCACUCGGUUAUUAUAUCCAGUUCCUUUACCUGUUUCUCUUGGAAAGAAGUUUGCAUUGGAUAUAAUUAGUGCUGCUUUACAUCUUCAGUCAAACAAGCAAGUUCAUUUUGGUCUGACACAAGAGAAUGUUGCUAUCGCUUCUGGCUCUUUGGUACUGUCAGGGUUUGACUGUGCUAUUCCACUGACUAAGCAGACUAUGAAAAAGAAUACAUUACAACGUAAACUCAGCCAUUGUAACCAGUCAUUUGUUGCGCCAGAAAUAGUGUGUGAAUUCAACAAGGAUCAACUCGAUAGCUCCAUAGAUGAACAAAUCAAUGUUGACUACCAACGGCAAUUGUCAUGGGGUGUUGGCAAAUUUAUACUUAUGCUAAUCACAGGAACAGAUCCUCUUCCUGGCUAUCCUGGCUCUAUUGAAUAUGACUGUUUUAAACUGGCACUGCCUUCAGAAUACCCUCAACAAUUUCACUCGCUUGUUCAGCGGUUGCUGCAUCCUAAUGUCGACCAUCGGGCAACACUAAACGAAGCUUUCAAAAUUGUUAAGAGUAUUGCUGUUAAUGAAAGUAUCGGGGAUACUCACUGUUACUCAGUUUCUUCUUCAUGGGAUGUUGUAGCUUCAGCAAGAGCACCACCUGAUCAGCCUUUAUCAGUGAAGUCGAAUGGUUCUAGCGUGACAAGAUCCGGCUUAUCGUACAGACACGGGAGUGAGUCUACAGGGUUACUUGAAGGCAAGGCUGCUGACACAGAAUUUGAAAGUAGCAAUCACAGCCGAGACAAUAGAGAGACACAACCAGGGUGUGCAGAUGCAGAAAAUGCACCACAAGGGCUUUCAACGCAAUUAACUCAACUCGAUUAUUGGACAUGCAAAUUCUGUGAAUUUGCAAACUGUCCGAGUACGAGAAUCUGUGCUGAGUGUUUCAAAUCUAGAGAUCUGACUCCAGAUUCACCAGAAUGUCAAGUACCAGAAGGAAUUGCUUGUGGGAUUUGUACCGUUGUGAGUACCGGAAAUCAUGAAAUAUGUCAAACUUGUGGCUACUACUUGACUGAGCCAUGGCGUCAAAAUUACACUGUAGAUUGUACGAAAUAAUAGGUUGCUGGUGGUUGACUAAGUUUUACUUACUGCAAUUACUAAGUUUCUAGUUAAUUAAUUGUAAAAUCUAUUAAAAAUCAUAAAAUUCAACUGUCAUUGCAAAUAGUCACUUACGGGACAUA